AGGAAAGCUGUAUUCUAGCUCUCACCAGAAUCCUCCCACAAUGGAUCCUAUGGACGUAGCUUUGAGCAAGUGCUCCAGCAUCGAAGACGAACCACGGCAGGUGCCAGUCGACGCCGGAGCCCCUUUUGACAGAGGGGAUGUCAUAUUACGCAGUGCGGACAAUGUCGAUUUCCACUUUCACAAGCUAUUGCUGUCUCUAGCAUCAUCUUUCUUCUCAAACAUGUUUUCUCUCCCUCAGCCAGGUGCUCUUGAUAACGCUGCGGACCGGACAAAACAGGGUCUCCCCAUUAUACCGGUGGCGGAGAAGAGCAUCGUGUUGCGGAAGCUGUUGGGCUUUUGCUCUCCUGUCUAUGACACGGACGUGCCCGCUCUCGAGAACUUGGACAUUGUCAUGUCCGUCCUCGAUGCCGCCGAAAAAUACGACAUGAAACGGGUCGGUGGAUUCAUCGUUAGAAUGAUAACGGCUCCUAGGUUUCUCGAGGAAGAGGCUAUGCGAGUCUUUGCUAUCGCAUGUCGCUACCGGUCGGAGGAAGAAACUCUCAUAGCGGCAAGAUAUAUGCUGCGUUUUGCAGUGUGGGAGCCUGGAUAUGUGUCUGAAUUGGACUUCAUCUCUGGCUCAGACUUCCAGCGGUUAGUCAAGUACCACGCGAGUUGUGGUCAAGCUAUGAACCAGCUUACCCUUCUGUGGUCUACGUAUCCCCUACCAUUGCUUGACUGCAAGUUCUGUCGCAAGAAGGGAGUUUCUCGCUUGCCCCCCAAAGAAUACCAAGAUAGUGUCAUAGAAGCACUCCGCACUCGACCGUCCGUGGAAAGCCUGCUUAAACCCGAGUGGAUUGACGAUAUGGUGAAGAGAGCCGGAAGCUGUAUUAGUUGUAGAGAGAGCGCGCCGGGGAAGUUUGCUGAAUAUGCAAAGAAGCUAGCCCUCCCAGUGAUGGGGCUUAUCCUAGAGAUUCCCUUGGACAUUAAUUUUCGCUAUUGAUAUUCUAUCUAAUAUAUUAUAAACCGUAUACUGGAACUAGGAAGGAGUUGUUUCAUCUAUAUCUCAUACCCUCUUAGGUGCACUGCAAUUGUGGGCGAGGGCAGGUUCCAUUCACAUCUAGGACGAGUUGGGAUGAAGGGAUUGGAAGAUGGAUUGUAGGAUAUUAUCGAAAUACAUCAUUCUGUAGUCGUUACGCCUUUCCCGACCUUCAUAAUGAUACAAACAGUACACGCUGAUGUAGGUCCAGGCGCUCACCGUCCAAUGCCGCCCGUCCUCCUGUAGCUUCAAAACGAAAAUAUAUAUAUUGAAUCGUCCGUGCUACGGGUAUGUGGAACUGGCGAGGCAAUAUAUAUAGUUUCGUUGCACCCUUUUAAGAGCUAGACCACGGAACUGAGUGUGAAUCAUGAUGCAUGAUGUGUUUACGCG